AUGUAUCAAGAGCAAAACAGUUUACAAGAAGAAACUCCAACAACUAUCCCUAAAAGGCCAGCUAUGAUAUCAGUGGACAAGAACGAUAUCGCCAAAGCUUUUGAUAAGGCGCUUGACGAAAUAUCAAAACAUAUUAAUGAAGGUGCGUCAUCGGGUCACUCUAGUCAAUCGAGCGGUCAAACCAGUUCCACUUCUAUCACUGAAGAAUCUAUUGAAAUUAAAGCCUCGGGAAAAUUCAGGAACGAUGGCAGACCCUUACCUUUUAACAUUCAUUUAAAGGAUUCAUUGAGUCGACUGGAAACGGUGGAUGAGAAUCCCGAAGAAGGUCGUACAACUCCAAGUUCACCAAUCGCUUCUCCAUUCGAUCAGAUCAUGCCCGUUUCAUUGCCUCAAACCCAUUCGGUCUCUUCCCGACAAUUACUGAUGUCUAAUUUAAUUAAGCCACCAACCGUUAGGGUGGUUUCCACGCAGGGAAAGGCCGCGCAUGACUACGUUAUUCCAAAAACUUCUUCGCGAACUAGCUGCAUCGCCCAGAGUGGUAAUAUUUCCCCAGCGAAAACAAACAUGAACAUUCAAUUUAUGCAGAAUAUUACCGAAGAUGAUGCUCUCCGUCCAUUAUCUUGGGUUUUUCCCAAUAUGACACC